CGUCUCUCUGCCGGCUCGGGUGCGCCCUCAGUCUCCAUCCGACGGUCACCACACGACAUCGUCUGUUCCCGUGAAAGUGAAAAAUCUGAUUUCCCACCAUGGCCCGAAGUGCAGUCACCUUACUGAGUUUGGCGGUUUUGCUAGCCAUCGUCAAAUUAGGUUCAUCAACAAUGUGCUAUCAGUGUAACUCACAAUCACAGACUGAAUGCGGGGAUCCAUUCAAAAAGGAAAAAAUUAGACUAGUGGACUGUAACAAUGAAGCUGAUGUUCUGGGCUACAACAACCAAUAUCUGAGGCCGCUGCUGGCAGGCUUCUCGUACAACAUCGCCGGCGCCACCAAAUACUGUCACAAAAUUGUUACACAAACGGGCACCGUGCUGCGAGUCUGCUUGGAAGACAACCCCUCUGCCAUGAACACGACCUGCCAACUCCUCGCAAAGUCCCAAAAUAUUAAACACUGCAGUGUGUGCGACAAGGACAACUGCAACGGAGCUGGGUCUCUAUCUGCGUCUCUCUCGCUCGCUGUAGCAGCACUUUUCGCUUCGUACCUCUUCCUGAAACAUUAACAGGGACAAUUGUAACAACAGAUAUGGACUUCUUAAAGUGGUCUUGUAUGCUACAUGUCAAUGCUGUGCUAUUUAUACCAGAAUUAUUAUAACAAUGGAUAUUUAUAUAGUAUAAAAUUCAAGACCAGUAAAACGUAUAAUCGUUCUGUUUCUGUCACCCGCAUGAAAACAUAUCGCCAUCGCGGUUACACAACUGCAUUCAAGUGUCGUUAUAACAUGAACUUAUUUUUUUAGUUUUAUAAACAUAUGUACUUUAACACAUAAUGUCCCAGUUUUGGUACACAAUUGAUCAUAGCUAUCUAGUACUAAGUGUGAUUAUAUUGAAUAUAAUUUUUUAAAUCUUAUUUUGUGUCCCACUGCUGGGCAAAGGCCUCCUCUUUCGCUUCCACAACUAUCUGAUUCAAUGCGGUUUAUAUUUAAUAUAACAUAUAUCAAAAUAUUUAGGCACAUAACUCUACUGACAAUAUCUAUGAGAUUAAAGUGUCAUAAUAUGAUAGUAUUAUAAACCUGAUAAUUGAUUGAUUUAAAACGUGUCUCAGAUAUAAUAUAUUCUACCUAUCAGCUGCUAAAUGUUAGUCUAUUUUUGAUGAUUGGUUAAAAUUGUAUAAAGAUAACUUUUCACCAAUUUGCACAUUCAUUAGAUUUUCGGCUUUAUUGUGUUUAUUCGAGACUGUUACAUGCAUAUAUAGAUGUUUUAUAAUAAAAACUUAUAUCUGUUAACUGAUAUCUAUUAGUAUAGAAUAUAGAUAUACUAGGACGUUCACAUGACUACUUAAAACAAUGGAGAAAAUUUACACAUGUAAGAAGUUCCGUUAAUUGUGAUCGUUUCAUUUCAAUGUGUGAAAGCAAGAUCAAGCUAAUAGAGAUAUUUAAAAAUGACACAAUAAAAUAUAAAUACGAUACAAAAUCCUUUAUUACACAUAAAACACAUUACACAGUAAAACCUUAAAAUUAUAUGAGCAAAUUGCCUUAUCGCUGUGAACAAUUUCUUGAAGAAAAAUAUAUUUUAGAAAAUAAGUCUAAAUUUGCGGGUUGCCUGAAGCAAUUAAUAUAUAAAUACAUAUGACUGCUUUGAAACAGUAGAAAAGUGAUCUUAGAAGACCGUCCAAUAUCUGCGUUGUUACAUUAAGAAGCUUGUUGAGUAGUUAUUGUAAGAACUAGGCAAUAAGACUGUAAGAUAUUAAUUUGCGAAUAAAGUGCUAACAGGAAUUGUAAUCUGAAAAUAAAUGUUUUUUUUUCUAAA